AUGAGGCAUCGAAGGAAUGGCAAUUUUGAGAGCUCCAGGCUCCUCUAUUCCAGCAUGUCUCGCAGCAUAGACGUGGCUUGCAGCGAUGCUGAUUUGGCCAACUUCAUCCAAGAAAACUUUAAGAAGAGAGAAUGUGUCUUUUUUACAAAGGACACCAAGUCCAUGGGUAACUUAUGUAAAUGUGGAUACCCUGAAAAUCAGCACAUAGAAGGCACCCAGGUAAACACCACUGAGAAAUGGAACUACAAGAAGCACACCAAGGAGCUGCCUACUGAUGCCUUUGGGGACAUCCAGUUUGAAAACUUGGGAAAAAGAGGAAAGUACAUCCGCCUGUCGUGUGACACAGACUCUGAGACCCUCUACGACCUCAUGACCCAGCACUGGAACCUGAAGACCCCCAACCUCGUCAUCUCCGUCACCGGCGGCGCCAAGAACUUCGCGCUCAAGCCCCGCAUGCGCAAGAUCUUCAGCAGGCUGAUCUACAUCGCCCAGUCCAAGGGAGCCUGGAUCUUCACCGGGGGAACGCACUACGGGCUGAUGAAGUACAUCGGGGAGGUGGUGAGGGACAACACCAUCAGCCGCAGCUCCGAGGAGAACGUGGUGGCCAUCGGCAUCGCCGCCUGGGGCAUGAUCUCCAACCGCGAAUCGCUCAUCCGCACCGCCACCAGCGACGGGAGCUACUUGGCCCACUACAUCAUGGAUGACCUGAAGAGAGACCCCCUGUACUGCCUGGAUAACAACCACACUCAUCUGCUGCUGGUGGACAAUGGCACCCACGGGCACCCCACCACGGAGGCCAAAGUGCGGACCCAGCUGGAGAAGUACAUUUCAGAGAGGGUCAUCCCAGAAUCUAAUUACGGCGGGAAGAUCCCAAUUGUGUGUUUUGCCCAAGGUGGUGGGAAGGAGACUUUGAAAUCCAUCAACGUGGCCAUCAAGAGCAAGAUCCCGUGUGUGGUGGUGGAGGGCUCGGGGCGCAUCGCCGAUGUCAUUGCCAGCCUGCUGGAGGCCGAGGGCACGCUGGCCUCCUCCUGUGUCAAGGAGAGCCUGCUCAGGUUCCUGCCCCGCACCAUCUCCAGGCUCUCCGAGGAGGAGACGGAGAGCUGGAUCAAGUGGAUUAAAGAAGUCCUUGAGAGCCCUCAUUUACUGACUGUGAUCAAAAUAGAAGAAGCUGGAGAUGAAAUUGUGAGCAAUGCCAUUUCCUUUGCCCUUUACAAAGCUUUCAGCACCAACGAGCACGACAGGGACAACUGGAACGGGCAGCUGAAGCUGCUGCUGGAGUGGAACCAGCUGGACCUGGCCAGCGACGAGAUCUUCACCAACGACCGAAACUGGGAGUCUGCAGACCUGCAGGAUGUGAUGUUCACAGCCCUGGUGAAGGACAGGCCCAAAUUUGUCCGGCUCUUCCUGGAGAAUGGCUUGAAUCUGCGCAAGUUCCUGACCACAGAGGUCCUGAGGGAGCUCUAUACCAACAACUUCAGCAGCCUGGUGUUCAAGAACCUGCAGAUUGCCAAGAACUCCUACAACGAUGCCCUCCUCACCUUCGUGUGGAAGAUGGUGGAGGAUUUCCGCAGAGGUUUCAAAAGAUACUACAAGAACAGCAAAGAUGAGAUGGAGAUUCAGCUCUCAUGUCCUAUCACAAGGCACCCAUUGCAAGCUCUGUUUAUUUGGUCAGUUCUUCAGAACAAGAAAGAGUUGUCCAAAGUCAUUUGGGAGCAAACCAGAGGCUGCACUUUGGCAGCCCUGGGGGCCAGUAAGCUCCUGAAAAGCAUGGCCAAGGUGAAGAAUGAUAUAAAUGCUGCUGGUGAGUCCGAGGAACUGGCUAACGAGUAUGAGACAAGAGCAGUAGAGCUGUUCACCGAGUGCUACAGCAACGAUGAAGAGCUGGCUGAGCAGCUGCUGACUUAUUCCUGUGAAGCCUGGGGAGGCAGCAACUGCCUGGAGCUAGCAGUGGAGGCCAGGGACCAGCAGUUUAUUGCCCAGCCAGGUGUGCAGAAUUUCCUUUCCAAGCAGUGGUAUGGAGAGAUUUCAAGAGACACAAAGAACUGGAAGAUUAUACUGUGCCUGUUCUUUUUCCCUUUAAUAGGCUGUGGUUUCAUCUCAUUCAGGAAAAAGCCUGUGGAGAAGAGUAAGAAACUCUUCUUGUAUUAUGUGUCUUUCUUCACCUCCCCCUUUGUGGUCUUCUCCUGGAACGUCAUCUUCUACAUCGCUUUCCUGCUGCUCUUCGCCUACGUGCUGCUGAUGGAUUUCCAGAAGGAACCCACGGCCCUGGAGAUCAUCCUCUACGUGCUGGUCUUCAUUCUGCUUUGUGAUGAAGUGAGACAAUGGUACAUGAACGGCAGCAAGUAUUUCUCAGACCUGUGGAAUGUUAUGGAUACCCUUGCAAUCUUCUACUUCAUAGCAGGGAUUGUGUUCAGGCUUCACUCUGAUGAAAGCUCUUGGUAUUCCGGGAGAGUAAUUUUCUGUUUGGACUACAUAGUUUUUACCCUGAGGCUCAUCCACAUUUUCACUGUUAGCAGGAAUCUAGGACCCAAAAUUAUUAUGCUGCAGAGGAUGAUGAUAGAUGUCUUCUUCUUCCUCUUCCUCUUUGCUGUGUGGAUGGUGGCCUUUGGUGUGGCCAGGCAAGGCAUCCUGAGGAAGAACGAGCACCGCUGGGAGUGGAUCUUCCGCUCGGUCAUCUACGAGCCCUACCUGGCCAUGUUUGGCCAGUACCCUGAUGAUAUUGAUGGUACCACCUACAACUUUGACCACUGCACCUUUUCUGGGAACGAGUCCAAGCCCCUGUGCGUGGAGCUGGAUGCCAACAACCAGCCUCGCUUCCCCGAGUGGAUCACCAUUCCCCUGGUGUGCAUCUACAUGCUCUCCACCAACAUCCUCCUGGUCAACCUGCUCGUGGCCAUGUUCGGCUACACGGUUGGAUCAGUGCAGGAGAACAAUGACCAGGUGUGGAAGUUCCAGCGUUUUUUCCUGGUGCAGGAAUACUGCAGUCGCCUGACCAUCCCCUUCCCCUUUGUCAUCUUUGCCUACAUAUACAUGGUGCUGCGGAAAUGCUUCAAGUGCUGCUGUAACAAGGAAAGCAAAGAGCCAUCCAUUUGUUGCUCGAGAAAUGAGGACAAUGAAAUCCUGGCAUGGGAAGCUGUCAUGAAGGAAAAUUACCUCGUCAAAAUCAAUACAAAAGCAAAUGAUUCAUCAGAAGAGAUGGUGCAUCGAUUCAGACAGCUGGAUGCAAAGCUCUCUGAUUUGAAAGGCCUUCUGAAAGAGAUUUCCAGUAAAAUUAAAUGAGUGCAGCUGAAAUCCAAGAGCAGCUACUGGAGCAGGGUACCAAUUCAUGAAGAAUAAUUGCUCGGAGCUGGCAGUAACCCCCAAG